AUGAGCUACAAAUGUUGCAAACUGAAACCUUUUAUUCAUUAUGUGUGCACCAAGUGUUCUAGUGUGUUUCAUAAAAGCUGCGUGCAACAACAUUGGAAAAAAAAAGUUAGAUUUGUGAAAGACAAUAAAAUAAUCUGUUGCCAAGAGAACACCGAGGAAGAACACAUAGAAGAAAACAGUAUAUUAGAAAAAACAAUCAACGAACUUGCCGAAGAUGGAUUUCUAAAAGACAGGUACAUACAAAAACUGAAGGAUGAAAAUCAAAUUGCAUUACAACUGGCAUUUGAAUCUGAAAAAGAAAUGAAUUCACUGAUUGAAAGGCAAAAAAAGCUCAUUGAAGAAAUGGAAGGUAAAAUUAAGGAGCUAACGAAAGAAAUCAGAGAAAAAAGGAGUGGCGUAGAUAUUCCAAUACUAGAUGACACACUGAGAGAGGAAACUUUGACUCAAGAGGAUAGAAACUCAACAAGUCUUUUUGAAGAAUUGGAAGUAGCGAAUAUAUCAACUGAAAUUAUUCAACAAAAUACUACUACUACUACUACAAAUAUUGAAGAUUUCCCGGCGUUCGCGCUCACACGGUGCGCUGCAAUUCAGAGCUAUAGUAAAUCAAUCGAGACCGUCAGAAUGAAACGAAAUGUCGAGCUAGGCGAGGUUGCCAGCGUGAUAGAAAUUGAGUAG